CUCUCACCCGCGCACAGACUUCUGGGAAACCGAGUCCACGCUCUAAAUAAUUCAAGCCCCCAUUCCCUUCUCCUACACUGCUAACAAGAUGCCGGCCGUACAUCACAAACUGCUCCUGGAGGACGCUUUACAGGACAGUCCUCAGACUCGCUCUUUGCUCAGCGUGUUUGAGGAAGAUGCGGGGAUGCUUACUGACUACACCAACCAGCUGCUACAAUCGAUGCAGCGGGUGUUUGGAGCUCAGAGUGAGAUGGGAUUGGCCACAGAGCAACUCUCACGGCAACUUCUGGAGUAUGAGAAGAAAAAUUUUGCCCUUGGAAAAGGUGAUGAAGAGGUAAUCACCACGCUGCAGAACUUUGCCAAAACCGUGGGGGAGCUGAACUCGCUCCACUCUGAGUUAGCCAACCAGAUGGCUGACAGCAUGGUUUUCCCCUUGAUCCAGUUCCGAGAGAAAGACCUCACAGAAAUAAGCACACUGAAGGAAAUAUUUGGCAUCGCCACUGAUGAGCAUGAGGCAGCUAUGGUCAAGUACAGCCGGUUGCCAAAGAAGAAGGAGAAUGAGAAGCUGAAGGCAGACUUGGUGAAGGAGGUGGCAUACACCAGAAGGAAGCAGCACCAGGCCUCCCUGCAGUAUUACUGCGCCCUCAACGCCCUGCAGUAUCGCAAGAGAGUAGCUAUGCUUGAGCCUAUGCUGGGCUACACUCAGGCACAGACCAGCUUCUUCAAGAAAGGCAUUGAGCUGGUGUCAAAGAAGAUGGACAGUUUUCUCUCCUCUGUGUCCAACAUGACACAAAGCAUCCAGGCCCAGCUGGACUCCGAGGCGGAGGGCAUGCGUGUGUCCCAGAGGGAGCUUCUGUCAGUGGAAGACACCGUCUAUAUGCCAGAUAAGGACUGUGAGCCUGUCAAUCGCACGCUCAUCCAGAAGGCUGGCUACCUCAACAUUAGAAAUAAAACAGGCCUGGUGACCACAGCCUGGGACCGACUUUACUUCUUCACCCAGGGAGGGAACCUAAUGUGCCAGCCGCGAGGGGCCGUUGCGGGGGGCAUGGUGCUGGACCUGGACAACAGCUCCGUCAUGGCUGUGGAGUGUGAGGACAGACGCUACUGUUUUCAGAUAACUUCCCCCUCAGGAAAAACGUCAAUGAUUCUACAAGCUGAGAGCAAAAAGGAGUAUGAAGAAUGGAUUUGCACUGUGAACAACAUCUCCAGACAGAUCUACCUGACUGACAACCCAGAGGCUGUGGCCAUCCGACUAAACCAAACCGCCAUCCAAGCAGUCACCCCCAUCACCAGCUUUGAGAAGAGACAAGAAGGCUCGCCCAACCCUGACAGAGCAAAGCCAGGAGGUGUACACACUACUGGUUCUCAGAAAAGUGGUGCUGCUCCGGAGCCAGAGGACCUGAUAGCCCCCGGGACGCCAAUUCAGUUUGACAUCAUGCUGCCUGCCUCGGAGUUUCAGGACCAGAACAGAGCCGGGGGGAGACGCACAAAUCCAUUUGGAGAGACGGAGGAUGACUGUUCAACAGAGAGCGACGAUUCCCUCCUGCAGCAGGUCUUCGCUGUACGCUUCCUGGGCUCCAUGGCGGUUCGCUGUGGCAACAAUCAGGAGGUGAUCUACGAGGCCAUGAGGCAGGUGCUGGCUGCCCGAGCCAUCCACAACAUCUUUAGGACCACAGAGUCCCACCUCAUGGUGACCAGCAGUAGCAUCAGGUUGAUUGACCCACAGACUCAAGUUACGAGAUUAAGUUUCCAGCUUGGAGAAGUGUGUCAGUUUGCAGCGCACCAAGAGAACGGGAGGCUGAUGGGAUUUGUAGUUGAAGGCAGAGACUGGAGUGACGGAGACGAGGAGGGAGAGCCUUCGUUUAGCGCAUUCGUCUUUGAAAGCAACACAGAAGGCGAAAAGAUAUGUUACACCAUAAACUUGGCGAAGGACAUUACAGAAGCCAAGAAGGACCCAGAGGCCCUGGCCCAGCUAAUGAAGAACAUGCCUUUGACCAACGAUGGCAAGUUCCUGCUCCUGGAGCCCGAGACCGGCGACACAACCGACGGAGCAGGACAAGAAGAUCUGGAGUCUGAGGCCUAGGUCCAUUUAUGACCAAAAAAGAAACGCAAAAAUAGGACCACAGUCUCACUUUUGCCCAGGAGGGAAGAGUUUCCCUGGAUGAAGACCCCUAGCCCUAACUCUGGUACUGUAACACCGAUAUUAGACAGUGUAGUUCACUUCCACUGCCCCUGUGUUACUACUAUUCCAUCUCUUUUGCUGUGCUAAAAGCAUAAGACGUUGACAGUGGGUUGGCUGGCACUUCAUUAGAUAUGCUUUUCCAUGCUCACACUUGUAGCAUGGGUCUUUGGAUUUGGAGUUUUGUCAUUGUUUUUACACCACUGUAGGUGGCACGCACAUCAAAAGGGACAUUACAUUGGUACUGGUUGUGUUUCAUUGUUUUCUAAUAUCCCCAACCAUCUAACAGAAGGCGGUGAAUCAUUCGCUUCAGUUUAGGUUUACAUUUAUUUUAGGUUUACAUAGUUUGAAGUGUUUGUGUUUGGAGAGUUUAAACCUUUACUUUGUUUGACUUGUACGUACGGCUCAUAUGCAACUACUUUGGUGUUUAUUUCUUGAUUAUUCAUGUACAAAAAAAGUUAAUUGCACUUCCAAGGUUUAUAUCUGUUUUAAUAAUAACCGCUGAUGUGUACAGAAUGCACAAAUGGAGAAAUUUGAAGGAUUUUAACACAAUGAAGGACUUAAAACGUAGUUUAAGACGAUGUCGGGUUCUUUUUCCAGAGCAGUUACUGGAGAGUGUACUAAUAUUCUUAUCCUGGAGGAUCAUUUGUGUCUUAAAGCAGUGAACACAGUUAGUCUGAGUGUUCUCUCUGCACUCCGGCCACUAUCUCGGCAUCCUGGCUAUCUUUAGCAUUCCUUCUAAACUGAAUUACUGUUAUGCUUGACAUUAUUCUCUAUCAACUGUACAAAACAAGUCUUGAAAUUAUCUGUAUGUCAGGUCCUCAUUGAGCCGCCCAAAACCUACUUCGCGCUCCUUCUCUUAAAAGCCUUUGUAAAUAUGAUCUCCGAGUGUCUAUUCAAUGUUUAAUCAGAGUCAAUAUGCUAGGUCUGCUGCGGUGCAUGGUUAAAUAAUGCCGUUCUCUCUUGUUCCCUUUGCAGAAGAUUAAAGCCUCUACUCUUGAGCACUGAGCUGUAAUACUAAAAAAAAAAAAAACAACUAAAA